CUGUAGAAACGGCUCCCUUUCCUUUCCUAAAGAAGCUGCAGAACUCGGUCAGCAAGUGGCAGUGCCAGCAACGAGCGCAUUCCUAUCAUGGUUCCGCAAGUGCCUCCUCAGGUUCCUCCUCAGUUUCCUCCUCAGUUUCCUCCUCCACUUCCAGCACAACCAUACCCACCUCAGAUUCCAGCACAGCCAUACCCACCUCAGAUGAUCCCGAUCUAUGUGACCUAUGAUCCAGCUCAGGGUUUGCCCUCUAUUCUCAGCAAUCUGCCAGGCGUGGUGAACCCUGGACCUGGAGGUGUUGGUGGCCCAUUUCUGAUCCCUUAUCCUGGAAUUCCUGGGGCGGGCUUCCCACCUAUUGUGGGGAAAUAGCAUCCCAGCUGAUAUACCCUCCUGCGGUGACAGCAAGAACAUGAAGGAUGUGCUCCAUGCCGGCUUUUACUUCCCUGCUGCAGUCUUCACACCACAUUUGUAUGCAUCUUGAAUGGCAGUUAUUAACUUUAAAUGGCUAUAAGUAAUAGUAAUUUCUUUUUUUGACAACGAUAUACCAUCUGUCAUCUCUUGUGAAGAUUUGUUUUCACCUAAUGCAAUAUAAAAGCAUCAGCUUCUAAUCUAAGCAGUGUUCAUAUUUGAUUGGGUAAAUGUAAGCACUGACAGUUCCAUUUUGAAAUUGUCAAAUUUUAAAAGAAAAGACCACAGUUUUAACUAUGGGUUUAAAGUUCAUUAACACCACUAAAGAUGAUAAAUGUAUGAAUGCUGUAUUGUGUAACACAUAGAUAGAAAUGCAUAAAUUUUGGUUUGCUGCUCUGCCUCAGUAAGUGAUUGAAAUGUCUCGCUUAACAGAUUUCAGUCAAAUAGGUCACUUUCAGUUGUGUUUUAAUUCCAUUCCAAUCAAUAUGAAAAAAUAGUUAUGACUAACUUAAGUCCCACGGUACUAAGAUGUAACUAACAGUACCCAGCCCACAAUAUCUUUUUUGUUUCUUGCUGGAAAGUGGGAGGGGUAUUCCCUUUAAAAAUUGCAUGAAUAAAGAAUACAAACGAGCACAUCAA